CUGUCUAUCUGCCUGUCUCUCUCUCAGAGCAGCUCUGCCUUCAGUCGCUCUCCAACCUGCAGGUUUCCUCCACCGGCAGCGAUGCAGAGUGCAGCGGCUCAGGUGUCGGACUCCACCUGGUAGCUCUCUGCGGUUAUUCAGGAUAUAUGUUUAAAUUCCUUCUCUAUUAAUAAUCCCGGAGCUGCGGGGGAUGGUGUCGCCUGCUGAAGCCGGAUAAUCAGACGCAGAGGCCGGCGGCAGGGAGGGCUAGCUGGCUGGCGCCUGGAGGCAAAGCCAGCGCUGCUGGGUGAAUCUCAGGAUUAUACCGGGAUAUUUUGGGAUAUAUUUUGGCCGUCUGUGAGCUGGUUCUCCCGGCUACGGUGUGCUGUUUGGCUGCGCUCGGUCCUUGAUGCCCCGGAGGCCCGGUGGAGCUCAGACUGCGGAGCCCCGGAGCAGGGCUCGGACACCGGGGAAGUAGAGGAGGAGUCUGUCUGAUUGGACCCCGGCCCACCAGCCCCUCCCACCAUGAACCCUCUGAACCAGAUGAAGGCCGGACUGGCCAACAACCCCCACAGCGAGGGUUCGUACCCCUACGACCCCUCCAGCUGGCAGCAGCCCACCAAUCAGCCCACAGGAUCCCUCUCCGUGGUAACCACCGUCUGGGGAGUGACCAAUCCCUCGGCCAGCCAGGGUCUGGGUGGAGGGGUGAUGGGACCCGGGGCCAACCCAGGCGGGGGGCCCAUAAUGCAGGGCCCCGGGGGGCCGGGCAUGGCCGGAGGGCCCGGCGGCUACAUGGGCCAGCAGGGCUACGGCGAGCCCAGCAAAGGCUACCUGAACCAGGGCAUGUACGGCCGGACGACUGGGGGCUACGCUGGAGGCCCGGGGGGCUACACGGGGAGUUACCCGUCCAACCCCGGCGGCUCCAGAGGAUCAGCUGACUUCACUCAGGCCGCCGCCGCUGCCGUCGCCGCUGCAGCUGCCACGGCGACUGCCACCGCCACGGCAACCGUCGCUGCCAUCCAGGAGAAACAAAACCAGGAAAUGAACUACGGACAGAUGGGAGGUCCAGCCUACAAUAACCAGUUCAUGGCCCACUCCGGCCCCCGAGGGCCCCCUGGCAUGGGGCCUGGGCCUGGACCUGCCAGGGGUCCCCCCUCAAUGGGCCCCAUGUAUGGACCUGGAGGGGGUCCACAGAGGGUCCCUCAGCACCCAAACUACGGUCCUGGACCACAGCAGGGCCACCUGAGGCCCCCACAGGGCCUCAAACGGCCCUACAACUCUGAGUCGUUCCCAGGAAUGUCUCAGCAGUACGGCGUCCCGGUUGGUUCCAGUGUCAACGUCAUGUCCGGUCCUGGUGGUGCCGGCGGUUCCAUCCCAGGUUCAGGUGGCGGUGGUCACCCCGGACCCGGCCCGUACUCCGGCCCCAACAUGCAGUAUCACCCGGGUCCUGGAGGUCCUGGUCCUGCCCCCCAACGCUCCGGCUCCUCCCCCUCUUACCAGAGCCAUAAGAUGCCCCUCCCACAGUACCCCCCUUCGGGACCCCCCAACUCACAGUACUACAAGCAGGACCAGUUUAACGGUCAGGGUGGAGGUCUGAACGCUCUGACAGCAGGAGGCGCCGCUGGUGUCUACAACUCCUUCAACCAGCCUUCUGGGCCUGGUCGAGGGUUGCCAGGUUACCCCAGCUCGCCGGUUCCUGGAAACCCGACCCCGCCCAUCACCCCUGGCAGCUCCAUGGCCCCGCCCUACAUGUCGCCGGGCAACAGUGACGUCAAGCCGACGCCCUCUUCCUUCCUGCCUGAUAUCAAACCCAACAUGGCCGGCCUCCCCCCUCCCCCCCCUACAGGUAACCCCAGCGACGACCUGCGGCUGACCUUCCCGGUUCGUGACGGCGUGGUCCUAGAGCCCUUCAGAUUAGAGCACAACCUGGCUGUCAGUAACCACGUCUUCCAGCUCCGAGACUCCGUCUACAAAACGCUCAUCCUGAGACCGGACCUGGAGCUCCAGUUUAAGUGUUACCACCACGAGGAUCGACAGAUGAACACCAACUGGCCCGCCUCCGUCCAGGUGAGCGUGAAUGCAACUCCUCUCACCAUCGAGCGAGGCGACAACAAAACCUCCCAUAAGCCUUUGUACCUGAAGCAGGUCUGCCAGCCGGGCAGGAACACGAUCCAGAUCACCGUCACCGCCUGCUGCUGCUCUCACCUGUUUGUCCUCCAGCUGGUUCAUCGUCCGUCGGUUCGCUCGGUGCUGCAGGGUCUGAUGAAGAAGAGGCUGCUGCCUGCAGAGCACUGUGUCACCAAGAAGUUGACCAACCCAGAUGAGUUGCUGUCCUACCUCGGACCUCCAGACCUCCCGAACAACAACAACGACGACCUGCUGUCUCUGUUCGAGAACAACUGA